AUGCAAAUAGCUGCUUAUGACGUCGAUAUUCAGCAUCGCCCAGGCGCCGACGAUGCCAAUUGUGAUACACUUUCUCGUGGUCCUGUUGACGAUUCAUCUAUUUCUAAUAACUUGUUGUCUUCUCCAGAUUCAUCUUCUUCAUCAUCAUUUCGUGAUCCUGCAUACUUGCUCGUACUUGACUAUUUUUCUCAUGCUUCUUUACCUCCUCCACAACUUUCUAUACCUAUUUCACUUCAUAAUAAUUUUACUACUUCAUCUACAAUUGCUUCUCCUCAUUCUUUUCCUUCUUUCAUUUCUUUUGCUAAUGUACAUUUUGGCGAUAACAUUCAUUUAUAUGAUGAUAUACGAACUGCUCAAUGGCAAGAUCCUAAACCUAUUCCUCUUCUCAAUUAUUUACAAAAUCAACAAUUUCCAGAUGAUACUAUUUUACAGAACAUUCGUCAACUUGCCUCCUUUCAUCGUGUUAUCGACGGUGCUCUCUAUCGUGUCUUUCGUCCAUCGUCAUCUUUUGUGGACGAUCCUUCCUCUUCUAUUACUUUUUCCGAUCAUAUACCUUCUAUUGAUCAUCAACAGUUUCGUCUCGUUAUACCAAAAUCAAAAAUGCACGAACUUUUGUCACUUGCACACGACCAUGCUACAUCUGCUCAUCUUGGACGAAGAAAACUCUUUUUCGUCUUUCUACUCGAUUUUCUUGGCCACAUAUGCGUCGUGGUGUUGAAGCAUACGUCUGCUCUUGCAAACUAUCCCAACAAUGAAGUCAUGUGUCGUUUUGGUUUUCCUGUGCGUAUAAUUUCUGAUAAUGGUGUUCAAUUUCUUUCUAAUAUAUUUAACAAUGGUUGUCAUAUUCUGGGUAUCAAACACCUACGCACACCACUCUAUCAUCUACAAAGCAAUUUAUGUGAACGUGUCAAUCGUACACUCAAGCCGUUACUAGCUGCUCUUGUACAUAAUGGCAGCAAGUCUUGGGAUACUAAGCUUGCCCAAAUCACAUUUGCUCUACGUACUGCACCUACAUACGUCACUGCUCGUGAAAUUCUUGAUAUUUCUCAUGAGAAACAAGCUCGUCAGUAUAACCGGCAUCAUCGCCCAGUUCAAUUCGAACCCGGUGAUCUUGUUUGGGUUAUUGGUCUUUCUGGUAUUGCAAAGGUUAAAUGGCGUGGCAAGAAACUCAGUCCACGGCGUGAUGGUCCUUAUCGUAUUACUCAACGCCUAUCUCAAUUGACCUAUUCUCUUAUUCAUACUAUCACUGGCCAACAAUUGAGUCCAAUUGAUGUCGAUCGCCUGCACCCUCAAGAUUACUCAUUUACCAUAGUUGAUUGA